AUGUAUAUGGAUACCCACAGUCCCUUGGGGACGGUUAAAAGGUCCGACGAAGUCAGCCUGGAUACCAACCAAAUCAAAAAUUGGCGGUCAAUAAUUACUCUUAUCGUUUUUGUUAUCACUAGACUCGUUAAUGCGAUUUUGGAUGGCUUAGCUUGCUUGCGCAUUGCACCUCGACGGCAAUCCAAUGCUCAAUUUGGCAAGAAGCCCAGCCGAUUCAUGAAGCUCCAUAUUCCUUUGAAUUUCGUCACCGCACCACUCAUAGCAGAUCUCUUUCUCUUAGCGAUUCUAGCAAUUGGGAAAAAAGAAGUUCACGAUGGAACACUUGGAGCAGAAAACAUUUCACCCAUUGACAUCAUGGUGUUCUUUCUUACCCUGGCUUAUAUUGCUAUCUCAAUUGAUGCUUCAGGACUUAUUCGAUACCUGGCCUUCAAGGUUCUACAAAAAAGUGGUGACUUGGGUCAUCGACUUUUCUUUUACUUAUAUGCCUUCUUCUUUGGUCUCGGUACAUUCAUUGGAAACGACCCUAUCAUUCUUUCCGGCACGGCUUUCCUUGCCUACAUGACUCGAGUCUCGAGUAAUAUUGUUCACCCGAGAGCUUGGAUUCAUGCCCAGUUUGCCAUAGCCAAUAUUGCAUCGGCCAUUCUCGUCUCCUCAAAUCCAACAAAUCUUGUCCUUGCGGGAGCUUUUGAAAUCAAGUUCAUCGUAUACACUGCAAACAUGAUUGUUCCAGUUGUUGUCACAGCCAUCGUCGUCUUUCCGUUCUUGCUCUAUAUUCUAUUUGCAGAUGUUUCUCUCAUCCCAGUCUCUAUCAAAAUGCACGAGCUUUCUGAAGAGGCCAGGAAUCGGAAGCCCGUCAAUCCCAAUAUCCCCCAUGCUAGGGGGACUGCGGAGGAAGAAGAGGACGUUAACAAUGAACAAGGGAAGCUACUUUCGUUGGAAGAAAUCAUGAAUCCAUUUCUUGAUAAAGGAGGUGCUGCAUUUGGAGCGGUCAUCAUGACUGCCACCCUCGUCACCAUAUUGGCUAUUAAUGCCUCCAGUAACUCUGGUAAAGAACACCCUGUGUUCUGGGUCACUUUGCCCGCUGCGUUUGUGAUGUUCUGUUGGGAUGUCAUAUUUGGAUGGAUGCACAGGCAUGAGACGCGAGAGAUUGCUGCAAAGGGCAGACGGGAAAUCGAAGUUGCAAGAGCAGAGCGAGAAAGACAGUCUAUGCAAAACUCUCUCCAAAACUCGCCCGAGCAAAGUCCGUUAGAGACUUCUCAACAGUCACGAAAUACAUCACGCCCUGCAGAUGACAGUACCUCGCUUGAUGCCUUGGAUAGCAGUUUCAACUCCAAGGCCCUUAACCAGGAUUCUCAGACCCCGUUGUCAACAUCCGCUCUGAUCGAAAAGGAGCGAUUCCCCGAAAUUCAAUCGCCUGAUAGUGUCAUUGUCCGAGAUACCCAAAAGUUGGCCUUGGAAUCUUCUCCCGAGCCAGUGGAUUUAUCACAUUCCGCCCUUGAUGUCGAGAAACAUGAUGAGCCAUACCAAGCUGAGACCGAAAAACGAACCACAUUAGUCUCAAUCGCUGCCGAUUCCUACCAGUGGUUACAGGAGACUUUCCCAACUGUCACUGUAGUUGUCUCCCACAUGCCUUUCCCGCUAGUACCGUUUGCGCUGGCUAUGUUCGUGCUUGUACAGGCGCUUGUGACUAAGGGUUGGGUCCCGGUGUUCGCAUACGGAUGGGAUCACUGGGUAACCAAGACUGGUACCGUGGGCGCAAUUGGCGGCAUGGGAUUCUUGUCCGUAAUUCUUUGCAAUUUCGCAGGAACUAAUAUCGGCACAACGAUCCUCUUGUCGCGAGUCAUUCAAUCAUGGCUACAAAUUCACGAAGUAAAUGGCAUUCCUAUUAGCAAUCGCACAUUCUGGGCUACCGUCUAUAGCAUGGCUCUUGGUGUCAACUACGGUGCUUUCAGUACGGCAUUUAGUGCAUCAUUGGCUGGACUUUUGUGGCGAGAUAUUCUGCAGAGAAAACACAUCAGAGUUGGAAGUUUGGAGUUCGCACGUGUCAACCUUCCCAUUAUUGCGAUUGCCAUGGCUGUAGGAUGCACGGUGCUUGUAGGUGAAGUUUAUCUUGUCCGCGACAACUCACCAUACAAACCAUGA